ACGCCCACUCAGUUGAGCUUCGUUGGUCGUUUUGGCAUAGUUGUACCGGGCGGGCGUGCGGGUGAGCGAGUCGACGUUCUGGAGCAGAACGGCAGGAUUGCGAGCAGUGGUGAACAUGGAGGAGGUAAGGACCGGGCGAAUGUUGUUGCGAUGGAAAAUUGGAAGGUUGGAGGGAUGUUGUCGUAUGAACCAUUGGAAAACGGAGAUUUGCGUGGGCGGUGGCGAAUGACGUCAUGUGACGUCACAAUUAGAUAUUGUGACGUUAAACGACGUGAUAAAUGCGGUGGAGAUGAGGAACGGGCGAGUUUGGAUGCGAUGGAAUAUGAGGAAGGGGAGAAAAAUUCGAUAUUUUUAUGA